UACGCAAUGUUUUCAAUUUCAUUUUCAACAUUUAUUUGUUGGGUUUGCACAAUUCAUGUAAGAUGGCGCUGACUGUUUAUUGGGUUUCAUACCAAGACAUUAAGGAAAAGACCGCGAAAUCAAUUGUCAAAACAAUCACAUCAACAGCUUUUGUCGACAGUGGAAUCAGUUGUAUUUUGUUCACCAUGGCCACAAGAAAAUCAGCACGGUUCUUGUCAAUUGACGUUCAAAACGCUUUGUCAGGCGAUGAAAACACACCAAGCAAUGUCACCACUCGUUCCGGUCGCAUAGUAAAACCAAGCAGACGAAGUGGAGACAUUGAAAAAUUGUUUGAAAAAAGAACACCAUCAAAGCGAAAGACAAAGAACCAAAUUAGUGGCAAUGAAAAUGGCAUGUCUUGUUCGGAAGAAGAAGACGAUUACGAAAACGAUGAAAACAAAAUGGAGCUAGCUCACGCAACUGAAUUGUUACACGACGAAAGUGCUGUGGCCGGCCGAGAUAUGUAUCAGUUUCAUACACCCAAAAAGAGGGACGCUAUGAUGAAAUUGGCCGAAAUUACACCAAAAACUCCGAAUACUGGCCUCAAAUUACUAUCGCUGAACUCGCCAAGCACACCAAAAACUCCAAAAACACCCAAGACUCCGAAUGCCCGUGUUAAAGCGUUACGCUUGCAACAGAACCCAAAAACUCCGCACGAAAUACGCGCAAAAAACAAGUCUGUAUUGGAAAAACGAUCUAGGAAAGCGGUCCAACCAGAAUCAGAAUCGGAAAGUUCGGCCGAUGAACAUUCAGACUUUGAGCCUGAACAAUCGAGCGAAAGUAGCGAGGAAGAGAGUAAUGACUCGGCAAGUGGUGAUAGUGAAGAUGAGCCACAGAAGAACAUCAGAAAAGUGCCACCCAUCAAAAUUUCGACCAAAUCGGGUAAAAUCACAUCGAUGCCACCACCAGCGACUCGAAUGAACACAAGAGGACGGUCACGUGCGAAAAAUCAGGAAGAUUUCAUCCCAGACAGCGACAACUAUUUCAUCACCGCUUCGAAUAAGAAGAGUAAAACUUCGGAUCACACAUUGGAUCGAUUGAAAUCAUCGCGAUUGCAGCAUGAAGAAUUAUUCAGUCUCUUGGGCAACAUUAACUCGAGCGAAGAGCAUGAGCACCGAAUUGCUGAGAUGUUCCAAGAUCUCAAGUUGAACUUCAAUCGUUGGAUGCUUGAAAUGUCGAAAGGAUACAAUAUCAUUGUUUAUGGCAGCGGUUCGAAGCAACAGUUACUGCAUUCAUUCUGCGAAGCUCACGUGGCUGACAAGCCGCUCAUUGUUGUGAAUGGUUUCUUCCCAUCGCUUACAGUCAAAGACAUUUUGCAAGCGAUCAAAGUACAAUUGCUGGACAUAACUACAACAUCUCGCAAUGACCAUGAAACUGUUGAUUUAAUCGCAUCGACACUGGACUGUAUGCCGAAUGGGCAUGUGUUCCUUGUCAUCAACAAUAUCGACGGUGUGAUGUUGCGCAAAACCAAAGACCAGCACAUCAUUAGCCGUUUGGCAAAGAUCAAGAACCUCCACUUGAUUGCAUCCAUCGAUCACAUUAACGCACCGCUGAUGUGGGAUCAAACGUGCUCCGACAACUUCAACUUUGUUUGGUAUGACUGCACCACAUUGUUGCCGUACAAAAAUGAAACGGCCUUCGAAAAUUCGGUAUUCUUCCAGAAUUCGGGCGAACUGGAUUUGGCGGCAAUGAGCAACGUAUUCCGUUCACUGACCACUAAUGCACGUGGUAUUUACAUGAUUUUGGUGAAGAAUCAAAUUGCCAACCACAAAGACAGUAAUUAUCAAGGAAUGACGUUCAAGGAUCUGUACCACAAGUGCCGUGAAAGUUUUCUCGUCAGUUCGGAUUCCACGCUGCGUACACAGCUCAUCGAAUUCGUGGACCAUAACAUGGCCAAGAUUAAGCGUAGCCACGAUGGUACCGAACAAGUCUCUAUUCCCAUCAACAUACAAAUCCUCUCACUUUUCACUCAGCAACAAAACGAUUGAAUCCACACACAACCACACACACACCCAUUUAGUUUUUAUGCUUUGAACAUUAAAGUUAAUUAAUUUAAUCAAUUAUUAGACAUAAGCAUUCGCUCAAUGAAUUUUCAUUUGUUUUUGAUUAAAAUUGUUCGUUUUCAUUCAAAGAAA